CUAACGAUGACUCGCUGGGGCAGUGGCGCCGGGCUCUUCCACCUCUAAGAGUCCGUGAAGUUUCUGGCAACCAGAAGUGUGGAGCGUGGCGGUGGGGUGGCAGCUCCCGGGCUGGGAGGCUGCUCCAGGAGGUGCCUGGAGUGCGGCUUCUGCCGAUGGCCCUUUGCAGGGGAGCCUCUCCCUUCUCCCCGCCCCCUCAGCCCCCGUCUUCACGGCUUGGCUGGGCUCCAAUUGGCACUGAAGGCAAAUGAAGCGAUUCUGCCUUCCCGCCCCAGCGCUGCCCGUGCCGCGUCCUCCUCCCCAAGUUGGCCAACUCUCACCUCUGCUCGGCGGUUGGAGGCCGGCGGGCCGGCGGGGAAAGCCCCGGGGCCGCCCCUGCUCACCUGGGGUAGUCCAAGGAGGAAGGGGUGUGGCAGGAGACUUAAACCCCGCGGCGGGGCAGGAUGAGAAGUCUUUGGGGCUCAGCCUGGCAGCCGCUCCGGGAGAGGCGCUCCCGGGAUUAGUCGGGAGCAGAGCCGCCGGGCAGGGGCGUCCGCAUGGAGGAGGAGCACCCCAAGAGGAGCCACUGGGCCCUGCUCAACCCCGGGGAGGACCAUGAACUGGAGGUAUUUGGCUACCAGACCCAGAAUGUCCGGAGAGCCCUCUGCCUUUUAGGGUCUGUCCUCUCCUGUGGCUUUCUGAUGCUGAUUUUCUACUGGCGUCCACAGUGGAAUGUAUGGGCACACUGUGCACCCUGUCCCUUGAGAGAAGCCGACGUCGUUUUGCUUCGGACAACAGAUGAAUUUCAGAAAUACACCAGGAAAAAAGUGAUCUGCCUGUACUUGUCAGUGCUGAAGAAUCCUAUCCAUUCAAACUCAGGAGAUGCUGUUGUUGGUGGUCGCCAUUCAGUCAUAAACAGAGCCGUGCUGAAGCCCGAGUUUAAAGUGCGCUGCAUCCAGGUACAGAAGAUCAGGUAUGUUUGGGACGACGUUGAGGAGCGAUUCCAGAAAGUUGGGCUGCUGGAGGACAGUAACUCCUGUUCUGACAUUCACCACACUUUCGGGUCUGGCCUGCAGAAGGAAGAGCAGGAGAUGAGGAGGUUGAUUUGUGGACCAAAUGCCAUUGAAGUUGAAAUUCAACCGAUUUGGAAACUGCUCGUUAAACAGGUUCUGAAUCCAUUUUAUGUGUUCCAAGCAUUUACCUUGACUCUGUGGCUGUCUCAGGGUUAUAUCGAGUAUUCCGUGGCUAUCAUCAUCCUGACGGUCAUCUCCAUCAUCUUAAGUGUCUACGAUCUCCGGCAGCAAUCUGUGAAUUUACACAACCUCGUGGAGGGCCACAACAAAAUUCAGGUCACAGUCCACACCAAGGAGGAAGGUGGCUGGGUAGCUCGGCCCCCUGUGAAACAGCAGGGCAUGGAGAUGGGUCCUCUUGAGGAGGGUUUCUGUGCCCUCCGCUGUUGCCCUAGUAAGAGCCUGGAACCCGAGCGGCUCCUGAAGCACUCACUGUCUUUGGGCCAGCCAUACGGAUGGGUCUGGACACAGACCCAGAGAGGAGCUAAUGGAGAACCGUCUUCUUUAGGGGAAAGUAUUCCAGUUACGAAGACCCCCUUACCGCAGGUGGAGAGUUCUAUGCCGUGGAAGACUCACAGCCUGGAGGAUUACCGGCGACACGUCCUCUUCUGUGGGACUGAGGUCAUCCAGACCAAGCCAGUGGGACCGGGGCCAGUCAGGGCCGUGGUGCUGCAGACAGGCUUCAACACCGCCAAAGGCGACUUGGUGCGAUCCAUCCUGUACCCGCGGCCCCUCAACUUCAAGCUCUACAGCGACGCCUUCAAGUUUAUCGUCUUCCUGGCUUUCCUGGGUGUCGUCGGCUUCUUCUACGCCUUCGGUGUCUACAUGUACCACGGGACUUCGGCCAGAGACACCGUGACCAUGUCCCUGCUCCUUCUCACCGUCUCCGUUCCUCCCGUGUUGCCGGCAGCCUUGACCACAGGCAUCUUCUAUGCUCAGAAGAGGCUGAAGAGGAAGAAGAUCUUUUGCAUCUCGCCUCAGAGAAUCAACAUGUGCGGCCAGAUCAACCUCGUGUGUUUCGACAAAACAGGCACGCUGACAGAGGAGGGCCUCGACCUGUGGGGGGCGGCCCCCGUGAUGAGAAACUGUUUCCAGGCGGUCCACAGCUUCACCUCUGGCAGUGCCCUGCCCUGGGGCCCCCUCUGUGGAGCCAUGGCCAGCUGCCACUCCCUCCUCGUGCUGGACGGGACCAUCCAAGGAGACCCUCUGGACGUCAAGAUGUUUGAAGGCACCGGCUGGAUCAUUGAAGAUUCCUCAGUGGAUUACAGUGGCUCUGGAAUACCAGCCUCCAGCGUAAUCGUUAAGCCUGGUCCGGGAGCAAGCCAAGCUCCAGCGAAAGCAGUGGCCAUUUUGCAUCAGUUUCCAUUUUCAUCGGGCUUGCAGAGGAUGUCGGUGAUUACGCAACAGCUUGGCAGUGACCACUUUGAUGCAUACAUGAAGGGAGCCCCCGAGAUGGUGGCCAGUUUUUGUAGAGCAGAAACAGUGCCCUCAGACUUCAAGAAGGAGCUGAAGCGUUACACCCUGCAAGGUUUCCGGGUCAUUGCCUUGGCUCACAAACCUCUACCGGCAGAGGGGCAUUCCGAGGUGGGCACUUAUGCCAGGGAAGAAGUCGAGUCAGAGCUAACGUUUCUAGGCCUUUUGAUCAUGGAAAAUCGCUUGAAAAAAGAGACCAAGCCAGUCUUAAGAGAGCUGAGCAGUGCUCGGAUCCGGACGGUCAUGAUCACAGGGGACAACCUUCAGACUGCCAUCACCGUUGCAAAGAAUUCGGAAAUGAUUCCUCCAGGUAACAAGGUGAUCGUGAUUGAGGCCAACGAGCCCGAAGGGAUGGCUCCUGCAUCUGUGACCUGGCAGCUGUUAGAGAGCAAAGAGCAAGAGCCCAGAAAGAAGGAAACCCGCCUCCACAUGGGAGACCCCGGCCUCCCCGAGGUGGGCCGAGCCGACGAUUACCACUUCGCCAUGAGCGGGAAAUCCUACCAAGUGGUCGCCCAGCACUUCAGCGACUUGCUUCCCAAAAUACUGCUGAAUGGAGCCAUCUUUGCCAGGAUGUCUCCCGGGCAGAAAUCAAGCCUCGUAGAAGAAUUCCAGAAACUCAACUACUACGUGGGCAUGUGUGGUGAUGGAGCGAAUGACUGCGGGGCGCUGAAGAUGGCCCACGCGGGCAUCUCGCUGUCUGAGCAGGAGGCGUCGGUGGCUUCUCCUUUCACCUCGAAAACCGCCAACAUCGAGUGUGUGCCGCACCUGAUCAGGGAAGGAAGAGCUGCUUUGGUGUCUUCCUUCGGAGUGUUCAAGUACCUUACCAUGUACGGAAUCAUUCAGUUCAUUGGUACAUCUCUGCUUUACUGGCAGUUACAACUUUUUGGGAACUACCAGUACCUCAUGCAGGACGUGGCCAUCACCCUGAUGGUCUGUCUAACAAUGAGCUCCACUCAUGCAUACCCCAAGCUGGCUCCAUACCGACCUGCUGGGCAGCUCAUCUCGCCCCCCCUGCUGCUUUCUGUCUUUCUGAACACCUGCUUUUCCGGUAUCGUGCAGAUCUGGGCUUUCCUCUUUGUGAAGCAGCAGCCUUGGUACUGUGAGGUAUAUCGGUACAGGCAGUGCUUCAUGGCCAACUGGAGUGAUUCCUUCUCCAACGCCAGUGUAGACAGCAACUUGACAAUGGGCAAUGGGACUCUGAUUCAGAAUUCCAUCCUGAGUUUUGAGAGCACCACCCUGUGGCCCAUUACCACAUUCAACUGCAUCAUGGUCGCCUUCAUCUUCUCAAAGGGGAAGCCUUUCCGAAAGCCUGUCUACACCAACUAUCUCUUUUCAUUCCUGCUCAUUUCUGCCCUUGGGGUUACUAUUUUCAUUAUGUUUGCUGACAUUCAAGUGAUAUAUAGUGGAAUGGAGUUCAUCCCAACAAUCAUGUCGUGGAGGAUUUCGGUUCUGGUGGCAUCACUCGUCCAGUUCUGUGUGGCGUAUUUUGUGGAGGAUGCCAUCCUUCAGAACCGAGAGCUCUGGCUUCUGAUCAAGAAGGAAUGGGGCGUGCGCUCGAAGAGUCAGUACAGGAAAUGGCAGAGGAAGCUAGCCCAGGACCCCAGCUGGCCCCCCAUGAAUAGGACAGAUUACUCGGAAGAAGGCAAAAACGGCUUCUAUAGCAAUCCUGCCCAUGAAAACAGUGAGCCCACCCCCAUUCAGAAGGCCACUGAAGUCGUCGGGCACGUCACCGAGCAGCAUUUCUGGACCCGGCUUUGAAGCCAAAACCUGACGUGAUUCGGGUCAGAGAUUGGCAGACUAUGGUGCUUGACCUGUGGACGAGAAGCAUCUGUCUUGAUGGCAAACAACCCGGAGGAGAAGGGAUGAGACUGACCUGCUCUUGGGCUUUCCUCAUCGGAGGCUCCGAAAGGACCUUCCCUGUCCCUCAGCCUCUUCCAACAGAAGAUGGGACAGACGCCGCUUGUGACCGUCCUCUAGCACAGAGAGCGAGUCUCUUGGAGUUCUUUUCUUACUUCUAAUAAAGUUUAUCCAGUGCUUGAGUAA